AUGUCUACGGAGACAUGCCCCUCUCCCACUAUGAGGUCCAGAUUAGUCCCUUCAGGAAACGUUAUGCUGCUCAUGCUAUUCCUCCUUCUAAUCCCAACCGUGGCUGCGGAGGAAAACAUCUAUCGUUGCGGUGAUCGCGUCAAACAACUGGUAGUAGACGGUUCCCUUCCCUCGGAAGAUAUCUACUGGGGGCCUGUAAGGGGUCUUUCAAAUAAGGCCGAAAAUCCAGUUCUCCUCCUAACGCUCGCUGCAUGCGAGAAGCACUGCGGCAGCGGUUCCACGUUGCACUGCUGGGAAACAACUGCGGAUACGGUCACGACCUGGGUACUCCCGCUGGUGGGCCUCGUUCUACAGGCCCCUUUCGAGAGCAACAACUUCUGGGGAACCCUGUGGCUUGUAUUCCGGUGGCUGGGCUCGCCGAUCGUUUCUAUGAUGUACAUCCUCUGGAACAUCGGAGCCACAAGGAAGUGCGCCAUUAUGCUCGACAUGAGCAUAGUGAUAGGAAGCGAGAACCCUGAGACACCAAGCAGUUUUUCCAGAUUGCGAGACUCGCUUUACCUGCUGA